UAUUUGGUUUGAGUUGUUGGACAAACCCUGUUUCAGUGAGUGCUAUGUCAUUGUGGUAGUUGAAGCUGGUGAAUCAACAUUUAUUUGCUUUGUUUGAACUUGCUGUUUACUUGUGUUUCUGGUUUUUGUUGAUCUCCUUUGUAUGUGUUAGAUCUCAUCUAUGGUACUAUAAUGCAUGCUCAAACUCAAAAAUCUCUAUGUAAAACAGUUUGCACCAUAGGGCAUAGAACAUUUGAUUUGUGUUUCUUCUCUCUGCCAUUGGUGUAGUAUGCAGAUAAAAUGUUUGUUUCUAUGCAGCUGAGAAUCAGUGUACAAUAGUAACACAGGUUUUGAAUAUUGUUGCUCUUCAGCUCAGGAGGUGAUCUUGCAUUUGCACAAGUAUUUUUCCUGGCCUGGUUUCCCUGCCCAGUUAGUUGUUUGUUAAAUCGUUUAAGAGAAGAAAAUGCAGAAGCCACCAAAUUCCCAUGAGUUUGCCUUGAAGGAGACCUCGCCCAACAUUGGGGCUGGGGCAGUCACAGGGGACAAGCUAUCAUGCACCUAUGACCUGGUUGAACAGAUGCAGUAUCUAUAUGUUCGUGUCGUCAAAGCCAAGGACUUGCCUGCAAAAGAUGUCACGGGUAGUCUUGAUCCUUAUGUUGAAGUGAAGCUUGGAAACUACAAGGGACUCACCAAGCACUUUGAGAAGAAGUCUAAUCCUGAGUGGAAUCAAAUCUUUGCCUUCUCCAAAGAUCGGAUUCAAGCUUCAGUUUUGGAGGUGGUUGUGAAGGAUAAAGAUGUUAUUGUAGAUGACUUUGUUGGGAGGGUGUGGUUUGAUAUGAAUGAGAUCCCGAAACGUGUUCCCCCAGAUAGUCCUUUGGCUUCACAGUGGUAUAGGCUUGAAGAUCGCAAGGGCCAAAAGGUUAAAGGAGAGCUAAUGCUGGCAGUUUGGAUGGGAACUCAAGCAGAUGAGGCAUUUCCUGAUUCUUGGCAUUCUGAUGCAGCAUUGGUUGGCCCUGAAGCAGUUGCUAACAUAAGAUCAAAAGUUUACCUCUCCCCAAAGCUUUGGUAUCUUCGAGUCAAUGUAAUUGAAGCUCAGGACUUGGUACCGGGUGAUAAAACCCGAUAUCCUGAAGUUUUUGCGAAGGUUCAUUUAGGGAAUCAGGUUCUAAGAACUAGAACAUCUCAAAGCAAGACCAUAAACCCAAUUUGGAAUGAGGACUUGAUGUUUGUUGCAGCUGAGCCGUUUGAGGAGCCUUUAGUUCUGACUGUGGAAGACAGGGUUGGACAAAACAAAGAUGAAAUCCUCGGAAGGUGCAUGAUUCCAUUACAGAUGCUGCAAAGGAGGUUAGACCACAAGCCUGUGAACAGCAGGUGGUUUAAUCUUGAGAAGCAUUUGGUUGUUGAAGGGGAAAAGAAGGACAUAAAAUUUGCAAGCAGGAUACACUUGAGGGCAUGCUUGGAUGGUGGAUACCAUGUGUUAGAUGAAUCAACUCAUCACAGUAGUGAUCUUAGACCAACCGCGAAGCAGCUAUGGAAGCCAAGCAUUGGGAUUCUGGAAGUGGGAAUUAUAAGUGCUCAUGGGUUGGUGCCGAUGAAGACAAGAGAUGGUAGAGGAACCACUGAUGCUUAUUGCGUAGCAAAGUAUGGACAGAAAUGGAUCCGCACUAGAACAAUCGUAGAUAGCUUUAGUCCAAAGUGGAAUGAGCAGUACACAUGGGAAGUGUUUGACCCAGCCACUGUUAUCACAUUUGGUGUCUUUGAUAAUGCUCAUAUACAAGGAGGAGAUGGAUCCAAAGAUUCUAGGAUCGGGAAGGUGAGAAUUAGGCUCUCUACUCUGGAAAGUGGUAGGAUUUACACACAUUCAUAUCCUCUUAUAGUGCUGCAUACAUCAGGUGUGAAGAAAACAGGGGAAGUGCAAUUGGCUGUCAGGUUUACAUGCGUAUCUUUCAUCAACAUGUUGUGUAUGUAUUCACAGCCAUUGUUGCCAAAGAUGCACUACAUCCAUCCUCUGUCUGUGAUGCAGUUAGACAGUUUAAGGCAUCACGGCACACAGAUUGUAUCAAUGAGGUUGAGCCGGGCUGAGCCGCCGCUGAGGAAAGAGGUUGUGGAAUACAUGCUUGAUGUGGAUUCACACAUGUGGAGCAUGAGAAGAAGCAAAGCUAAUUUCUUCAGAAUAAUGAAAGUUUUAAGCAGUUUGAUAGCAUUUGGGAGGUGGUUUGAUCAGAUUUGCAAUUGGAAAAACCCCAUCACAUCGAUACUAAUUCACAUCCUUUUCAUAAUAUUGGUUCUUUACCCUGAGCUGAUACUCCCCACAAUUUUCUUGUACCUGUUCUUGAUUGGGAUUUGGAACUUCAGGUGGAGGCCAAGGCACCCUCCCCACAUGGACACUAGGCUCUCUCAUGCUGAUGCUGCUUAUCCUGAUGAGUUAGAUGAAGAGUUUGAUUCAUUCCCGACUUCGCGGCCAGCGGAUAUUGUUCGGAUGAGAUAUGACCGUUUGAGAAGCAUUGGCGGGAGGGUGCAGUCUGUUGUAGGUGACUUGGCUACUCAAGGAGAAAGGUUCCAGAGUUUGAUAAGUUGGAGAGAUCCAAGAGCUACCACUCUCUUUGUGACAUUCUGUUUAAUUGCUGCUAUAGUUCUUUAUGUUACUCCCUUUCAGGUUGUGUGUCUUCUCUUUGGCUUCUACGUGCUGAGGCACCCGAGAUUCCGCCAGAAACUUCCAUCAGUGCCGCUCAACUUCUUUAGGAGGCUACCUGCUAGAUCAGAUAGCAUGUUGUGAUCAUGGAUUCUGUUCAACUUGCUACUUUCUCAUCCAGAUUGUUUAGAUAGUAUGUAAAUUGUCAAAACAGUGGGAAUAUUCAUGUUGUUGCAGUUAUGUUAAUUUGAGUUCUGUCAUCCAGAUUGAAUCUUACAGAUUUUUCUUUACAAGAAAAAUAGGUUCGCUUUUGCUUA